AUGCCUACCGCCGCGCUCAACAUCCCCGAACGCCCCACCAACGGCGACAACUCCCUCUCCAGAACCGUUAGCAACUCACGGACAGACCCCGUCAACUCCCUCUCCACCAGCCCCCAACUCUCCUUCCACAGCCCCCAGGCAAGCUACGCCGGCCCGCCCAAAGUCAGCGCAAAACAGCUUCGUCCGUUCCAGUCACAAGAUGUCAAGAUCCUGCUGCUCGAGAACGUCAAUCUUGUGGGACAGGAGAUUUUGAAGAAGCAGGGCUACCAGGUCGAAGCGCUCAAGAGCUCCCUCCCCGAGGACCAGCUUAUUGAGAAGAUCCAAGAUGUGAACGUCAUUGGCAUUCGUUCAAAGACACAACUCUCUGCCAACGUCCUCCGACAUGCGAAGAACCUGAUUGUCAUUGGAUGCUUCUGCAUUGGCACAAACCAGGUCGACUUGCAAUAUGCCGCAGAGAACGGCAUUGCGGUUUUCAACUCGCCUUUCAGCAACUCUCGCUCCGUGGCCGAGCUCAUGAUUGCGGAGAUAAUAACUCUGGCAAGACAAAUGGCUGACCGCAGCAUGGAGAUGCACCAUGGCGUUUGGAACAAGGUCUCGAACGGCUGCUGGGAGGUACGAGGAAAGACGCUGGGCAUAGUAGGAUACGGCCACGUUGGUGCACAACUCUCGGUCCUCGCAGAAGCUAUGGGCAUGAGGGUCAUAUACUACGACGUGAUCAACCUCAUGGGAUUAGGAACCGCUCAGCAGGUCCCCAACUUGCAAGCCCUCCUUUCCGGCGCCGACUUCGUCACCCUCCACGUGCCUGAAAUCGAAGAAACCAAGAACAUGAUGGGCGAAAAGGAGCUCUCCCAAAUGCGCAACGGCGCCUACCUCCUCAACGCCUCGCGCGGCAGCGUCGUCGACAUCCCCGCCCUCAUCGCCGCCAUGAAGUCCGGCAAAAUCGCCGGCGCAGCCCUCGACGUCUACCCCAACGAGCCCGGCAAGAACGGCGAACACUUCAACAGCCAGCUCAACGCCUGGGGCGAAGACCUGCGCAGCCUGAAGAACCUCAUCCUCACCCCUCACAUCGGCGGCUCGACCGAAGAAGCCCAAUCCGCCAUCGGCGUCGAAGUCGCCGACGCCCUGGUCAACUACGUCAACUUCGGCACCACCACCGGCGCCGUCAACAUGCCGGAAGUCACGCUGCGCUCCCUCACGCUCGACGAGCCCAACCACGUCCGCGUCAUUUACAUCCACAAGAACGUCCCCGGUGUGCUGCGUCGUGUCAACGAGAUCUUGGGCGACCACAAUGUCGACAAGCAGAUGACGGAUAGCAGGGGCGAGGUGGCGUACCUGAUGGCGGAUAUCAGCAAUGUGAAUGUCUCGGAGAUCAAGGAUUUGUAUCAGAGUUUGGAGGAUUUGGGGAGCAGGAUUCGCACGAGGGUGUUGUACUAG